AUGCUAGAUCUCCACUCCCUCCCUGAGGGGUCUCGCCCACGGAAUGUCGUUCGUAAUAAUGGGCCGAACAGUCUAGCAUUGGAGCGAUGGAAGCUGCGGGAGCUGGCAGAAGGCUGGCCAUGCUACCGCGACGCCUGCGAAUGGCAGAACCUUGAAUCGAUAUUCCAUCCGGAAGCCCACAUCUACACGACCUGGAGUGGUAAGGUGCAUCAUCUGGAUUUUAUUGCAGCCUCACAACGAGGGAUGGAUAAUGGCGCUUUCAUCAUGCACCAGUGUCACGGUACCAGCACAGAUAUCACUCCCGAUGCCACUCGAGCGGUCACCAAGAUGAAAGCGACCAUUACUCAGCGCUUUGUGCUGGAUGGCUGUGAGGUUGACGCCGAGUCCGACUGUCGGUUCUGCUUCUUCUGGAUUAAGAAUGCAGAGACGCAUGACUGGCAGGCCGUUUUUGUUAGGCAUUGGUACGAGAAGGACAAGUUGAUUCCGGUAGAUCCAAGGAAGGUUCCUACUCUGGACGAUACGCUACUAGACUCAUUCCCCAGUGGUUAUCGGUACCUAGGCUACUGUCAAGAGAAGAUCAUGGGUGUCAACGUGGCCAAGGACUUGCCAGGGCACCGCAGGGAGAGUGACGUGCCUGGUGGAAGUAAAGUAUCAGGCGAGAAACAUGAUCUGCUCUAUUGGCAGGCAAAGCGAUGGUUAGAUGACGCAGAAAUUCCCAGUUGA